AGUUGGGUAGAGAGGACUGAGAUUAUAGGUGUGAAUGGAAUCGGGUGCAAAUAUUUAUUGAAGAAAAUCCACGGUUUUUCAGUUCUUGGUUUUGCUUUGGCUUGUGUCUUCUUACUUCGGUUCUGAAUAUUAGUUUAUUAGUUUUCUUUUUUGUUAUUGGCCGAUUUUUGUAUUUUUUUCCUGUUGAAGAUAGAUGGGAGGUUGUAAAGUUGAGUGAUUUUUUUAUUUUUUUGCUUGAGAGCUGAUAUUUUACGGGGUUUACUCUUUCUUUUAAGGUGUUUUCUUCUGAACUAAACAAGGAGAACUAGAAGAUUUUGAUUUGAGUUUUUCAAUUUUGAAUUGUUCUGGAGUUUUUGAAGUUUGUGCAGAUGGAUUUGUUUGGCAGCCGGAGAUAAAAGUGCUUUGGAUGUUUGAGCUUUGAAGGGUGAUAAACGAGAUUCUAAAGAAAGGGGCUUUUAUGCAUUGAGUUUUGGGUUUUAUUCCUGUGAGAUAGGAUUGUUGAUUGAGAUGAUUACAUUUAUAGAAUCCAAAGAGAAAACGAAGGAAAACGAGAAAUGUUUGGAUUCUCAAUUAUGGCAUGCUUGUGCUGGUAGUAUGGUCCAAAUGCCUCCGAUGAAUUCAAAUGUGUUUUACUUCCCACAGGGGCACGCCGAGCACGCCUCUGGAAAUGUAGAUUUUAGGAGCUGCCCUAGAGUUCCGCCUUAUAUACCUUGUAGAGUUUCUGCAAUUAAAUUCAUGGCUGAUCCUGAGACUGAUGAGGUUUUUACAAAGAUGCGAUUGGUUCCCGUUAAUGGGAAUGAGGCUGAUUUUGAUGAAAGUGGGGUUGUUGGGAUGAAUGGUUCGGAUAAUCCUGAUAAACCCUCUUCAUUUGCUAAGACGUUAACACAAUCUGAUGCGAACAAUGGUGGGGGGUUUUCUGUACCGAGGUAUUGUGCGGAGACGAUUUUUCCUCGACUAGACUACUCCUCGGAUCCUCCCGUUCAGACCGUUUUGGCAAAGGAUGUUCACGGGGAGACUUGGAAAUUUAGGCACAUUUACAGAGGGACGCCAAGGCGCCAUCUCUUGACAACAGGAUGGAGUACUUUUGUGAACCACAAGAAGCUCGUGGCAGGUGAUUCAGUUGUGUUUCUGAGGGCCGAAAAUGGGGAUCUUUGCAUUGGAAUCAGGCGGGCGAAGAGAGGAAUUGAUGGGGGACUGGAAACGCCAUCCCUGUGGAAUCCGGCAGGUGGCAGUUGCUUCGUGCCAUAUGGAGGGUUUUCAGACUUUCUGAGGGAAGAUGAGAAUAGAUUGACCAGAAAUGGUAGUGGAAAUUCAGGCAGGAAUUUAAUUGGCCUGGGAAGAGUGAAGCCCGAAUCGGUUAUUGAAGCUGCAACUCUUGCUUCCAGUGGACAACCUUUUGAGGUGGUUUAUUAUCCUCGAUCUGGCACUUCUGAGUUUUGUGUGAAGGCGUCUAUUGUAAAGACGGCAUUGCAAAUUCGUUGGUGCUCAGGCAUGAGGUUCAAGAUGGCCUUUGAAACAGAGGAUUCUUCACGAAUAAGUUGGUUCAUGGGAACCAUAUCGUCAGUUCAGGUUGUUGACCCCAUUCGCUGGCCGGAUUCACCUUGGAGACUUCUCCAGGUGAUUUGGGAUGAGCCUGAUCUACUUCAAAAUGUGAAACAUGUGAGCCCGUGGCUGGUAGAAUUAGUGUCAAACAUGCCUACAAUGCAUCUCUCUCCUAUUUCACCACCACGGAAGAAAUUGAGAUUAACACAACAUCCUGACUUCCAUCUCGAUGGCCAACUUCCAUUAUCAGCUUUUUCAAGCAACCACGUCCUUGGGUCCAGCAACCCGUUUGGUUGUCUUCUUGACAAUACUCCUGCUCGCAUGCAGGGAGCCAGGCAUGCUCAAUAUGGUCUAUCAAUAUCAGAUCACCAUCUCAGUAAACUACAGUCAGGUUUGUUUCCGAUUGGUUUCAUGCCACUCAAUCGAGCUUCUGUACACACAGGAACUUCCAAUCUAGUCAUACCCAAGCCAAGUAACAAUGAGAAUGUUUCUCGUACGGUAUCCAUGGGAAAUUCCAACCACGUUUCAAUAAGAAAUAAUAACAAGAAGGCAGGUCAAUUUGUACUUUUUGGUCGACCAAUUCUUACUGAGCAGCAGAUUUCUCUGAGCGGCUCUGGCAAUGCAGUUUCACCAAUUCGCACGGGCAAUAUUUCUUUAGACGAAAAUGCUGAUAAGAUGGGAAAUACUUCUGAUAAACCUAGUUCACCACUUAAUCAACAUGAUGCACCAAAGCACUCAUUAUGUAAAGGAUUUCAUUCGGAGCUCAAUUCCGAAACUGGUCACUGCAAGGUUUUCAUGGAAUCAGAAGACGUAGGUCGCACAUUGGACAUUUCUUUGCUCAGUUCUUAUGAAGAAUUAUGCAAAAAACUGGAAAAUAUGUUUGAUAUUGAGAUUUCGGAGAUGCUGACUCAUGUUGUGUACUGGGAUGUCAUGGGCGCAGUGCAAAAACUUGGUGAUAAACCAUUUAGUGAAUUCAUGAAAACAGCGAUAAGGUUGAAGAUUUUAACUGAUUCAAGCUGCAAUAAUAUAGGAAUGUAGAGCCAUAACCAAACAGCAAAACCUCCUGUUGCUUAUUGUACAGCAGAACUACUGAAAGCUUUGUUCCUGACCUCUAUUUCCAUAUCCAAAAUACGCAUUUGGCUGAUUUUCACAAUUGAUUCACCCUAUGCACUUCCUGAAAUUCACCGCCAUAAUUGAAACAGGAAAGCAGGAACUCCUGUAUGUGCCUACUAGCAGGGAGUUCUCUUUUUCUUGGCUGAUUCUCAAGCGUCCUACUGCCAAUAUCCGGUAUUUUCAGUGACAUGUUUCUGAAAUAUUGUUACCUUGUUUUGUAUCUCUUCGAGGGUUUCCAAUGUCCUGUUUGGAGGUAUGUUCAGGGAAUUCUUCAUAGCGUUUUCUCGUUUUUUCAAGACAAAUUGCUACAAAGAACAAGUUGAGCUUGCUUUUUGUAGGCUUUUGUCUUCUAUAGUACACAUUUUCUGUUAUGCUGGUUUUUGAGAGGAUAAACAUUACCUUAUUCUGUAAGCUUAAAAUGAAUUUUCUCUGUACAGCCAAAAGAUUUCUUUUCAACUAUAAUUUCUGGAUAUUUGGAACCUUUCAAACC